CAGGACGAGCGGCUCGAUCGCCUGAGCUGCGAGAUCUUUCGAGCCGGCACUCGUGCAUAUGAUCUGUGCCAAUCAGUCAACGUAGCCUUCCAAGUGGCCAUGGAGGAAGCCAAGCAAAAUAGGGGAAAGAAACAUGCCUUUUCGGCUGUGUCACAGAAACGCGAUCCUGUCAAGGGCCCCCUUUUUCAGAGACAAAUUCACCGACGCGAUCUCAAGCCAAUCCGCGUCCUGGGCAUGGGCCAGUUUGGCGAGGUCUACCUCGGUCUGCAAGCCGUCAAAGCCGGUCAUGGUGAAAAUGGCAGCAACACGAUCCAUCGAGCCGUCAAGUUGCUGAAAGACGGCGCCACGCCUGCCGAUCGCGAAGAGUUUUUGCGUGAAUCCGAGCUGAUGCUCAACUUUAAUCACGUCAACUUGGUCCGGCUGGUCGGGGUGGCAGUUCAGCAGCGGCCCUGGCUCUGCGUGCUCGAGUACAUGGAGUACGGCGAUCUGCGAGCCGUGGUCAAAGCCGCGCAUGAGAAAAACAUCACCCUCACAUUGCUGGAGCAACUUAAAUUUGCAGUGCAGAUUGCCACCGGUAUGGACUACAUGGCCAAGCAUCGCUUCGUCCACAUGGACUUGGCCGCGCGCAAUGUCCUGCUGUCCAGCAAGAAUCUCGUCAAGAUCGCCGAUUUCGGCCUCUCGCGAAAAUUGCCAGAGGAGCGAGAUGUCUUCGUCUUGACAACGUCCUUGAAGCUGCCCAUCAAGUGGAUGGCGAUAGAGUGCAUGGACGAGAAGAUAUUUUCGCCGGCCAGUGACUGCUGGGCUCUGGGGGUGACAAUGUGGGAGGUCGCAGCUUAUGGUAUGGUUCCGUAUCCCGGCGUCAAGAACAUCGAGGUGCAAAAGCGGGUGCGCGAGGGCUUGCGCUUGACCGCGCCAGAGGGGUGUGAUCCGGAAUUUUUUGAGCUGAUGUGCUCCUGCUGGGAGCGCCAGCCCAGUCAGCGGCCCACCUUUGAUCAAUUGCGCAAAUCCAUUUUGGGUUUGGCACGCGAGGCACGCUCCCGUUGUCCAGCACUGCGGGACGUGGGGCGUCUGGUGAAGGGCGGUGGUACAGGGACGGCGGCCGCGACGCCAUCUUCUUCGCGUUCAACAACCCCCAAGCCCAGCCUUCGGCGCCUGAAUACCAUUUCAGAUGAUCCUGAUUUUACCGAGGCCGGACCGAAGGAACACGUGGUUGUCGGGCUGCCAGAAACGAUGUAUGACUCGGCCAAGACGACACGCUUUGUCAAGGUACGAUGGUGCUGA